AUUAUUUUUUCUCUCUCCAUAAUUUAAGAUGACAGAACCAGAACCUGAGCAAGCCACUCCAUCCUCCAGCAUUAACGUAUCUGCGGAGCCAGAAGUAAAGUUACCCGAGCCUAGUUCAGAACAUGCUGUUCAAGUGGAACCAGUCCCGGAAUGGUCUACAGCCGUCGUCGAGUGGGGAGCAGCUUGGGAAGUUCAUCUUUUAUGGACUUGGUACUGUGUUUAUACUAACGGCUUUAUAUGGGAUCGUAUCGAUGCUACGACUGCGACACACCUCUGGGCACAAGAAAGUCGUCCAUAUUAUAAACUUCAGUCUGUUAUCAGUAUUUGGCUUUUCGAGAGGGCUGUUUCUUGUCAUUGAUGGAUAUCACUAUAGAAAGAUGUUACCUCCGAUAGCGGUGAAAUUGCUAUGGGGCGUAGGCCACCCUUGUAUUAUUACGCCUUAUUCUCUUUUGUUUCUAGUGCUCAAGAAUGCUUUGAGUAUGCGCCAACGUUUUAAGACUUGGUACACAACGAAAAACAUCACCAUGACGGCUCUGUCUUACUUCAUGUUCGUUGGCAUAGCUGAAAUGACCGUAGCGUUUAUACCAUCGCUAAAAGUCCUAACAUUCCUCUGUCAACUGCUAUACUUACUUUUUACUCUUCUGCUGCUAUUAUUCUACGGUUUUGUGGCACGAGUAUUGUGCAAAAAGAAACGGAGUGUGAAAACUGGAAUGAACGAGUUUCGACGGAGGAAGAGCGAAGGGACAGUAUUUCAAUCCAUGCUAGUUGUCUGCAAUAUGGUUAUAGUUGGCGGGUUUUUAUUGUGUAUAUCACAACUCUACGGCAUGGCAGGAGUUUACGGAGUGUUUUCUAAUGCUUAUAACGUCGCUCCAUGGCCAUGGUAUGCCUUCAAUACCGCGCAACGGGUUUUUGAACUAUACAUGGCGAUACUUCUCCUAUGGAUUUUGUCCAGCAGUUCCAAAGUCUCAUCAACCGACAGCAACCAAAACACCUCGUCACUGAAUGACAGAUCAGUGGAGCAACAUAGCACUGGGGAUAUUAUAGUAAAGAGGCAUUUAAAUCGCGAGAACUUUUGUCGCAAAGGGGUCACGACAGAGCUAAGCUUCCCAGGGUCGACUAUGCCCGAGAUUCAUACAUAAUUCCAGAUGGAAGUUCAUAAUGAACAAGGAAAAUAAUCGCAAAUUCAUUUUAUGGUCAUACUCAGCUAAGUAGACACGGCAGACAACUCAAUGCCGAAAAAGAAGAUUUAAUGGAUAAUCAAAGAACAUAGAAUUAAUCUGGAUUUAUUUAGCGUGUUUGCACUGACACUUAAAGAAGAUGUUCACUCAAGGUAGUGUUGGUCCGAAACUCCCUCUCUACUAACACGUUAGAGGGCAGCGUUUCGGACCGACAUUAAGAAUGGCUGCUCAGGAGACUAACGGUACGGUAGCACUGUAAUGGCUUUCUUAAGCGCGACUCAACCAAUUGAAACGCGUAGUUAGAGCCAAGGUGAAAAUGUGCGGCUACGAACUCAUUAUCAAUGUGAUGGUGACCGUCUGUGAUGUUUAUUCUAGUUGUUCCAAGAUGUGCAUAAAAAUUACGAGGAACCAAUGGGGUUUGGCCGACAAAUACAAAAGUAAAUUAUCGAAUCCACUAUAGUGAUAAUACUUAUGAAUAUUGAACUCUGAAAAACUGUUCUAAAGAUAUAUUGAAGCUUUUCUUGACAACAUUAACUAAUCGACAGGUUGUAACGUAAACAUUUUGAACAUCAGAGAAGAUGAGUUCGUAUUUACAUAAAAAAAUGAAUUUUGUUUUUAAAUUUAGAAAAGUAGGAUAGAUGCCAGGUUUAGACUUUGUCAUAUUAUGUCUACCACAAUUUAUACUAGAUUCUGUUAGACGGAAAUAGAAUGUUGACAUAAAAGUCUUUAUAAAUAAUAAAUAUUUU